AGCCGUCACGUGGCGCGAAGAGGGAAAAAACAAGGAAGCGGAGUUUUCCCGUUGAACAUUCUUCACGUGUCUUUGGAUAGUUUUGGACCUGCAGAUAUUCAUUGGAGAACUUGAGCCGAACUUUUCCGCAGAGCCCAGAUUGAGCGAUAUCAGCAUGUCUGCAGAGAUUCCACCUGGGGGAGAGUCAUCCCAGACCCAGUCCGAAAGCCAGACCCAGUCCACCCUGUCCCCAUCCCAGGCCAGGUCCCAGUCCCAGCAGGGUUCCAGUUCAUCCAGUGGACCCGCCUCUGGCAGCCAGUCAUCCAGCGGCUCAGGGACUCUGAGCAGCGUGGACACCAUCCCCGUGACACUGCCGUCCGUCCCAGAGGAACCAGAACCACAGCCUUGGGGUCGGCUGCUCCCCAUGGUCCGAGGCUUCAGGAGUCACGACUGCACCGAGGACCAGUACCUGUUUGGACGGGAUUCUGGAUGUGACUAUGUCCUGGAUGAUCCAGAUGACAAGGGAUCCAAGAGGUUCCGAAUCUACAGCAAGAAACACUUCAGAAUCUACAGAGACGGCUCUGAGGUCUUCGUGGAGGACUACAGUAACAACGGGACGUUUGUGGACGGGGUAAAGGUCGGUCAGAACAAGAAGCUUCCUCUCAUCAAUAAUGCUGUGCUGUCUCUGGCGGAGCAACGGAACCGAGUGUUUGUCUUCAUCAACCUGAUGUCAGAUGAUCAGUCCAGUUUACCCAGAGAUCUGCAGGAUAAAUAUGUUCUGACCCGGCGGAUUGGAACAGGGCAGAACCUUCUGGUUCUGACCAGAUGGAAGAGCAACGAUCCAAACUCAUGGUGUGUUUGUUAUCCAACCUGUUCCAGAGGAGUCUGCGGCGAGGUGCGGCUGGCCUUCGAGCGCUCCACCUGCAGGAAGUUCGCCGUCAAAAUCAUCAACAAGAACAACUUCCAGUCUGAGGGGACGGCGACACGGAACGCAGAGACGGAGAUUCAGAUUCUGCAGAGGGUUGAUCAUCCUUGUCUCAUAAAGACGGAGGACUUCUAUCAGACGGAGGACAGUUACUACAUCGUCCUGGAGCUGAUGGAGGGCGGCGAGCUCUUCCACAGAGUGAAGUCUCAGCAGCAGCUAAAUGAAGGCGUGGCCAAACUUUACUUCUAUCAGAUGCUCUGUGCUGUUCAGUAUCUCCACAGGAACGGGAUCAUCCACAGAGAUCUGAAGCCAGAGAACAUCCUCCUGUCCUCCAAUGAGGACACCUGUCUCAUAAAGGUGACAGACUUUAACCAGUCCAGGAUCCUGGAGGAGGCAGCCCUCAUGAAGACUCUGUGUGGGACUCCAUCCUACCUAGCUCCUGAGGUCUUCACCCACGCUUCCACCACCGGCUAUGGGCUAGCUGUAGAUGCCUGGAGCCUGGGCGUGCUGCUGUUUGUCUGUCUGAGUGGCUAUGCUCCGUUCCACGAGAGCUUCAGCGAGAACUCUGUCAAGGAGCAGAUCAUCAGAGGAGAAUUCACCAUGGUCCCAUCCAAGUGGAGAAGAGUCUCUAAUCAAGCCAAAGAUGUGGUGAGGAAGCUGCUGGUGGUCGACCCCACACUGAGGAUGUCUGUGGAUGAAGCUCUGCAGCACCCCUGGCUGCAGGAUCAGCAGAUGUUGCAGGCGGCUCGCAGUCUCAUGUACCCCGAAGGCGAAGAUGCUCCACCUGCUGCUUCUCCAUCAGAUGCUCCUGUAGCUGCUUCCAUGGUAACCACACACAUAAACAGCACAAAGCCCAGCCUCUUAUUACAGUUUGGCUCCUCCCAUCUGCAGGAGGCGGAGUCAUCAACAGGAGAAAGGUUCAGGAAAAAACGAGGAAGAGGAGAUGAUGAGGAGGAGCAUCUUGCCAAGAGGAUCCAAGCCCCAGCCCCUGCUUUUCCGUAGAGGAAGUGAAGUUUAGUUUCUCUUAUUUAUUCCCAGCAGCUGGGUUAUUGUUUUUAACCAGUUGAUUGGUUGGACCUCAUGCUGUUGAACCGUCUCCUCACUGAUGUUGAGGUGCUGUUCUGUAAAGACUGAAGCAGGCUCUGCUGUUGAAGAUAAAACAAUAAACAGAACCAAAGAAAAACUG